GUGAAAAAAAAAACGCGUUGAAAAACCGUUGCAUCCUUGUGCCCCGGCACGGCAUCUCAUCCUUGCCCCUCCCCCACUCCGCCGCACCCUAGGGUUUCCACCACCUUCGCCGGAGCGUCUCUCCGGCAGCUUCUCGGGCGCAGGCGCGGCAGGAUGUCCCCGGCGAUCGCGCUUCGGCGAGCGGCCGCGUGGCUGCUCCGGGGAGGCGCCGGCGCCGGCGCGCCGAGGGCCGCGUCCUCCGCCACGCUGCCGGGCCUCGGCGGGGCCCCGCUGUCUCCCGCGCGCGGAUUGCAGGGGAGGGAGGCGGCCGGGUUCCUCGGGAUCUGGGGAGGGCCAGCGGCGGGCGGCGUAAGCGGUGGCGUGUCCUGGUGGUUCCGGUGCGCCGCCAGCAGCGUGCCCAGGCCGGGCCUGCUGGUGGAGCAGCUGCUCGUCGGCGGCGGGCGCUCAUUCGCGACAGGCGCCGCUCCGGUGGAGGUGUCCUUCAGCCCGGCCGCCCGCGAGGCGGAUGUCUCGCAGCCUGAGAAAUCCGUAGGCGCCUCGGAUAAGACUAUGUUAGGAGAUAGGUCCUUGAAGCUUGUUUCAGGGGUAUGUUAUCUACCACAUCCGGAUAAGGAAGAAACUGGUGGUGAGGAUGCACAUUUUAUCUGGGAUGAACAGGCUAUAGGCAUAGCUGACGGCGUUGGUGGUUGGGCAAGCUACGGUAUUGAUGCAGGUCAAUAUGCUAGAGAUAUCAUGUCUAAUGCAGUAACCGCAAUAGAAGAAGAACCAAAAGAUUCAAUUGAUCUUACAAGGGUACUAGAGAAGGCCCAUAGCAGCACAACAGUGCCGGGUUCAUCGACCGCAUGUAUAAUUGCUUUAACAGAUCAGGGACUACAAGCAAUUAAUCUUGGUGACAGUGGCUUUAUAGUCAUCCGAGAUGGCUGCACAUUGUGUAGGUCACCUGUACAACAACAUGAUUUCAAUUUCUCCUACCAACUUGAGAGCGGCAACUCGAAUGACUUGCCAAAUGCUGCACAGGUCUUCAAGGUACCUGUCGCGUCUGGCGAUGUAAUUGUUGCUGGAACAGAUGGGUUGUUCGAUAACCUGUACAACAACGACAUAACAGCAGUAGUGGUCCACGCAACCAGAGCUGGCCUGGAACCUCAAGUGGCAGCCCAGAAGAUAGCUGCGCUCGCACGCCAGCGGGCACAGGACAAGAACAGGCAGUCGCCGUUUUCGACCGCGGCCCAAGAUGCUGGGUUCCGGUACUAUGGUGGGAAGCUGGAUGACAUCACCGUCGUGGUGUCGUACGUAACUGCCUUUGGCAACUCGUAGCACCCUGGGUUAGGAGAAGACUGCUGAAUAUCUGCACCGAGGCCUGCGUCUCCCCUUUUUGUCCUGUAAAUACCCACGAGGGCGUUUUGAGGCUCCGUUUUUUCUACCAGACUUGUAAAGCUGGAUGAUUUGUAAGUAUCUCCUCUGAAUGAGUACAGUAGCUGUAGAGAACAGCAGUCAGCUUUAAUUAUGCACUGAAAGAAGCAUAGAACAGAUUCAAACACGGCAA